AAUCCACUACCGUCUUAUGCGUGUGUGUCACCCACUCGUGACGUGGACUGUCUGAGCUUGAUCGCCGCUGCCGAGCCAACAAUAUCAGCUCUUUAGCGAUUAAAACGGCUCGUAAUCUAUCGAGAGAGCGAUCGUUUCCGACGGCUAUGAUGAUAUGGUUACCUUAGGAGGGCCAAGCUGGGAGAUGAUUGCAGUUUGGCACAGAGAAAGGUUGAAGAAGAGACCCUGAGAUAGAAGAAUGGGAAAGAGUACCUGGGCCUGCUGGAAUGGCGUCCUCUCCACUGCAGUACUUUAUGGUUCACUGGCCUUGUUUACCUCCAUUCUCCACAAUGUCUUUCUCCUUUAUUAUGUGGAGACGUUUGUGUCCAUCUACAAGAUUGAUAAAGUCUCCUUCUGGGUCGGAGAGACAAUAUUUCUCAUCUGGAACAGUUUGAACGAUCCUCUCUUUGGAUGGUUGAGUGACCGCUCCUUCCUCAGCUGUCCUCAGUCCGGCUCCCACAUUACAUCUCCAGAGGUGGUGCUGAAGCGCCUGAACGCCCUCUCCACAAGCGGCCCCCUCUUCGCUCUGUCCUUUCUGGCGUUUUGGGUGGCAUGGGCUCAGCCAGGCCUGCAAUUCUUGCUGUGCCUUUGCUUGUAUGAUGGCUUUCUUACGAUGGUGGACCUCCACCACAGCGCCCUGCUCGCUGACCUUGCCGUGUCCGCCACGGCUCGGACGCGCCUCAACUUUUACUGUUCAGUGUUCAGUGCUAUAGGCUCCUUCUCUGUUUUUAUGUCCUACGGUUUCUGGGAUAAAGAGAAUUUCUACUCCUUCCGUUUAUUCUGUGUGACUCUGGCUGCUUUUUCUAUCCUGGGCUUUUUUUUUGUUUCUCGGAAGCUUCAGCUCCGUUUCAAAAAGGAAAUCCUUCCCAAGCAGGAUGAAGCAUUUGCACUAAAGGAGCUUAGUGUUGGCAAUGCUCCGUUUACACACUCAGAGAAGCCUGUCACUAUUGGACAGUACCUGAAGCAGCUCUCCAAACACAAAAACUUUAUGUGGUUUGUGUCAAUGAACCUCAUUCAGGUGUUUCACUGCCACUUCAACAGCAAUUUUUUCCCUCUUUUUCUGGAACAUCUCCUGUCUGACAACAUCUCUGCCUCCACAGGUUCAAUCUUACUCGGUAUCUCCUUCAUUGCUCCCCACUUGAACAAUUUGUACUUCUUGACUCUCUGCCAGCGCUAUGGGGUUUACCAGGUUAUCCAGUGGUUGUUUCUACUCAAGCUGGGGCUUGGUGUGGUCAUUCUGCUUGCAGGGGCUGACCACAUUUACCUGCUGUGUAUCUUCAUUGCCAGUAACAGAGUCUUUACAGAAGGCACCUGCAAGCUGCUGAAACUGGUCGUUUCUGACCUGGUGGAUGAAGAUUUUGUGGUGAACCAACGGCAGCAGGCUGCCUCUGCCCUCCUCUUUGGAAUGGUUGCCUUGUUGACCAAACCUGGUCAGACGUUUGCCCCGCUCAUUGGCACCUGGCUUCUUUGUGUUUACACAGGUUAUGAUGUUUUUGAACGAAAGCCUGUGAGGGACCCGGUGUUGGCCUCUGACAUCUCGUCUGGCUCAGGGACUCCACCUCUGCGCCUCGGCUGCUUCUACAUGUUAGUCUUUGUGCCUAUCACAUGUGCGCUGUUGCAGCUGGCCGCCUGGUCACGCUUCACUCUCCAUGGUAGGAAGCUACAGGCAAUCAAGACCCUAAGGCAGGGGACUCAACAUGGCCACCUAGUUGGUGUCAAGGCCAUUUGAACUGUGGAGAUUUCUGUGAAACUGCACAUGGACACUUUUAAUAUUGUUUUUUUUUUUCUUUUUCCAAUGUUGUCUUAAGAAAACAGAAAGCUGCUCUGUCGUGACUGUAGCAUCUGUGCAUUUGUUUGAACCACAUGUGGCAUUCUGGACAGGGAAAAUCCAAAGUAAAAUUACCAAGCUGACUUAGAAUGAGACUUUUUUAAAAGGAAAAUCUACCUUAUUUUUUUACAUUUGAAGAUAUAUUUAUAUGUAAAAUGGUGACCAAGAUUGAAAGUACAAAUGUAGAUUAUUUCUAUAUGUGGACCAAACAUUUCACUCUACCAACUUUGAAGUGCCCUUUGUGGUAUAGGAAACAUUGAUGGGUUUUCUCUUUAGCAGCCAGUUAUUAACCUGAAGGACAAAAUUACAGCAGACAUAUUUACAAAACUAAAAGUAUGGAAAAACUUUUAGAAUGCUGUUAGUUCUGCAUAAAAUUUGCACUUGAUCCAUUUUUUUCUAUAUUGAAUAGUCAUGUCCUGCUAGUUUACAAUAUACAAUAGUUUUUCAUGUUCUCCAAAUCCUUGUGCACAAAACUGCCAUUUUAUCAAUUGUAUAUCUAAAAUGAUUUUUAUUGAUGUUUGAGUGAAUUAAAAAUAUGAAGUUAAUUUUGAAAUCUGCUCACAUUAAAAAAUCUUACGUUUUUAAAUGUAUUUUGAAAGUUUGUCAAUAAAAAUGUUUGUUGGCUUUGAAAUGGGCUAUAAAAAAUUGUUCUUCUAAAAGUGUUUUAAGGAAAAUUUGCUUUCUCAGCUGAAGCAUAUUGAGAUAUAAAAUAGUUUUUUUCAUUAACUAUAGGGAACGCUAGAAAGGAACCUGCUCUAAAAAUACAAACUACUGUUUGGACAAUUGCAGGCAUUUAAAAAAAAAAGAAAACUUCCAAUUUCUUCUUCAUAUUUUUAAAAUGUCAUUGCAUCAAAAACAAACAUGUAGACCCUUUCCAAAAACAGAAAAGUUCCUGAAAAAGUAAUUUUCAUAAUUCCAUUUAAAAAAACUAAACUUAGAAUAUAGGUUUAGGGUCCACUGUUUAAUUGAUUUCAAGUGUUUAUUUUUCCAUAAAAUCCGGGUUCAAGCUCAUAAAAUUCACAAAUACAGUUUUUAAGAAAAUUAGAAUACCUUGGAGAAAUCAUUAUUUAGUUCUCAGUUUUUGCAAAAAGAUAAAGACGGAGAUUAUAAUCACAUCAAACCAAUAAAAAAAUUGAGAUGUCCAUCUUCAGUACUUCAGUAGUCUGGGCUGAGGCUAGUCCCUGCUGGAAGAUGAAGUCUGCAUCUCCAUCCAGAUGCGCAGCAGAAGGGAUCAUGAAUUCCUCUCAAACAUUCUGGUAGACUGUUGCAGGGAUUUUGGAUUGAAGAAGGCAGAAUGUACCAACACCAGCGCUGGACAUUGCCCCCAUGUUUCCUCCAUUGGCUCAGACUCUGAAGUGGAUUGACCCGAAGAACCCAACAGUUGUAGUCCAUCUCCCAAAUGAGUCUGAAGGUGGUGUUUUUUGAAGCUGUUCCUCCGUGUCAUUCCACUCUUUCUGGAUGUCUGUCAGGUUCUUGAAUUUGUCCUUUUGAUAAUCUGCUGAAGUCCCCAGUCGUCUCCUUUGCUGGAGUAUAUUCUACUGCCACAAUUUGUUCAUCCAUUAGACUUUUUGUUGAUCUGCUUGGACACAAUGCUCUGUGAACAGCCAGCCUCCUUAGCUAUGAACUCUUGUGGCUUACCCAUACUAUGGAGGGAAUCAAUGAUGGUCUUCUGGCUAGUUGUUGAGACUGAAGUCUUCCCCAAAUUAUUAUUUAUGCUUAAUGUUUUUGUUGAAAAAGCAAAACUUACAGUUCACAUCAGCAGGAAGUGCAAAAUAGCAGGUGAACCUUUUGCUGAUGGAGUUUUUAUCUGGCGCUGCAAUGUCUGUUCCAGGCUGAAGCUGAAAUUCUCUUUCUUCAGAAUGUCAAACUGUUUGUCCUGUUUUAAAAACUGUAGUGCUUUAACAAUGUUCUUUGUUCUGUGUCUGCUGGUGAACAAUGGUAUGCUGCUAUUUCAUGUGACUCAUUGUUUGUGUUUUUGUCAUCUAUGAUCCCUGAUUAAACUGAUGUUUUAAAAAUA